UGGAAGCUCUGUAACGAUGGAAAAGGGCUGGAGAGAGGGUUCAAAUUCAAGACCUUCAAGACGACAUGGGAGUUCAUGAACGACGUGGCGGCCGAAUGCAAGAAGGUGAAGCACCACCCUGAAUGGAGCAAUGUAUACAACAAGGCCCAUAUACGAUGGACGACCCACGAUCCAGAGGGACUUUCGAGCAAAGAUACUAGCAUGGCCAAGUUCUGCGAUGACGCGGCGAAAAGACUU